CCACACCUCUUGUCCCUCCAGCGCUGACCCGCUUGCCGCCAAGCUGCACAGCAUCCUCACGGAUGAGGCUUUUGAGUUUUACUGUAGCCAGUGCCACAAACAAAUCAACCGCCUUGAGGAUCUUUCUGCUCGCCUGAACGAUCUUGAAAAGAAUAGUCCAUCGAAGCGGCUGUCCAGCAAGAAGGUGGCAAGGCACCUGCAUCAGUCAGGGGCCCUGACCAUGGAGGCCCUGCAGGACCCUCCCCCAGACCCCGUGGAGGGCAUGGAAGAGGACAUUGCUGACAAGGUUGUCUUCCUGGAGAAGCGAGUGUCGGAGCUAGAAAAGGACACGGCUGCCAACGGGGAGCAGCACAGCCGGCUGAGGCAGGAGAACCUCCAGCUGGUACACAGAGCCAACGCCCUGGAGGAGCAGCUCAAGGAGCAGGAGCUGAGAGCCUGCGAGAUGGUCCUGGAGGAGACACGCAAGCAGAAGGAGCUCCUGUGCAAGAUGGAGCGAGAGAAGAGCAUCGAGAUCGAGAACCUGCAGGCCAGGCUGCAGCAGCUGGAUGAGGAGAACAGUGAGCUGAGGUCCUGCACGCCCUGCCUGAAGGCCAGCAUCGAGCGCCUGGAGGAGGAGAAGCGGAAGCUGCUGGAUGAGAUUGAGGAGCUGUCUCUGCGGCUCAGUGAGGAACAGGAGAACAGGAGGAAGCUGGGGGACAGGCUGAGCCAUGAGAGGCACCAGUUCCAGAGGGACAAGGAGGCGACCCAGGAGCUGAUCGAGGACCUGCGCAAGCAGCUGGAGCAUCUACAGCUCUUCAAGCUGGAGGCCGAGCAGAGGAGGGGCCGCAGCAGCAGCGCAGGCCUGCAGGAGUACAACAGCCGCACGCGGGAGAGUGAGCUGGAGCAGGAGGUCCGGAGGCUGAAGCAGGACAACCGCAGCCUGAAGGAGCAGAAUGACGAGCUCAACGGGCAGAUCAUCAACCUGAGCAUCCAGGGCGCCAAGAACCUCUUCUCCACGGCCUUCUCUGAGUCUCUGGCCGCAGAGAUCAGCUCUGUCUCCCGCGACGAGCUCAUGGACGCCAUCCAGAAGCAGGAGGAGAUCAACUUCCGCCUGCAGGACUACAUCGACAGGAUCAUCGUGGCCAUCAUGGAGACCAACCCGUCCAUCCUGGAGGUCAAGUAGUGCCACUCGGAGGGGCUCCAGCGCAGCACGCACACGGCCGAGACCGAGGUCCCUCACCCACCGUGGAGCACACAGCUGGGCUGGGCAGGGCAGGGCGGGGGAGGAGGGAUGCUGGGACCAGAGCCCACGGUGGCUCUGGCCUCUCGCUAUGCCCUCCUUUCUGCAGAGAAUGAGGGACAGUCUCUCAGGCUGGGGUGAACCCCUCUGUGACCUCUCCCACACUUCCUGCCUUGACAGGGAAGAAAGGAAUGAAAUGGGUCCCCACCGGGGGUGCUGCUGCCUGUGCCCGCCAGGCACCCUGACCUGGUGCCAUCCAAGUCUCAGCCGCUCCUGGAUGGCAUGGAAGCCCCAGGACCCUGGCGCCAGACAUGGUGGGGCAGGGGGAGGACAAGCAGGAGAGGCCAGUGUGUGUCAGGGUCUGGCCAGGAGCUGCAGGGCCCCCCCUCAGCUUUCCUGGAGCUGCUCAGGCUGGCACCCAACCAGAAGGGGCCCCUUGGUCCAGCUUCAGGCCCAGGGGCCUCUAGGCCGUGGGCCUGUGCUCACGGCCAGCCCCUCGCUGCAGUAACCCUGGGCGCUGACCCUCCUGUAACUUGAGAGUCAUGGCGUGGAAUGUGCUGUCUGCAUCGGGUGGGUGUUGCUGUUCCCCUCUGACCCUGGGGGUUCAGGCAGGGCUAUGGCUCCCAGGGGUGUGUCCUCUUCUUCCUGUGCAGAUCUCCGCUGGCCCGAGGAAAGCAAACGUCUGGAACCAGUUUCCUCUGGGAGUUUGAGGUCUUUAGGAGUCGUCCUGUCUCCACAAGGUGCACUUUGCAGGAGGCUGGGGCGGGCAGGCUCUCACAAGUACACAGGUCAGGGCCUUCCUGGUGGCUUGGGGGCUCCUUCAAGGAAGCCCUUGCCCGGCACCUGCACUGCCAGGAGCAGCAGCAUCACCCACAGGGGCUGCUGGGCCUGCCCCCCGAGCCUGAGCGCCAGCCAGGAGCCUCCGGGUGCUCCCAGGUGGGCCAAGACCCUGCACACAGGCGGGCCACUGCUGUGUGCAAGCGCAUACGUGAGGGUGUGUGUGUGCGUGCGUGCGUGAGCGAGCGUGUGUGUGGCUCUGUGUCCCUCCACCCUCUACGUGGCCCACCUUCUACACUAAGAUUUAAGAUGUUGCCUCGUAUUGUAUAUUUUGGGGAAAGCUUUGGGUGUAAAUCAAUGUAAACUUGGAGGAGAGAUUUUUCUAUCGUGUAGAGUAGGUAUUUUUUAUAGAUUGAAGGUUGAUCAAUUUUUUAAUACUUCUAAGAGAGAAAACUAUCUGUGUAUACACAUGAAAUAUAUAUAUGUACGAUAAUAAACACUGGAACUCUGCUCCCCGCCCUGCUGUGCCCCGCCACACAGACUGGGUCUGUUUCUUUGAACACAAGCUGCUCUGAGACCUUCACGCAGACGCCGGGCACUGGCUGGCACGCUGACCCUGUUUUCACCCCCUCGAGAAAGAUCUCCAGGCCGAGCGACAGUGGCCUGGAUGACGUAGGAGCAUGAGGCCAGGGGCCCCAGCACCGAAGAAAGUUGGUGCUGCAUCUGAGGGGGCUGAGGGGCGGGCCAGGAGCUCCCCAUGGCAUCAUCUGGGCUUGGACAGCAGGAGGCCUUCUGGUCCAGCCAACCCCUCCCAGAGGCGGCAGGAUUUCCCCUCCCGGCUGAGCCCACAGGGGAGUCCAACUGGGGAUGCUCCUGGGGUGGGGCGGGGCGACGUGGUGGGGCCCCAGGGCCAUGUGUUCAUGGUAGGACACAGCCCCCAAGUGCAGCCUGGCUGCUGACAUGGUGCUGAGGGCCAGCAAGGCCGAAGUGGGUAGGGGCAGACAUAGAGAACCCAAAGGAAGACACAGGAAAGGCAAAGGCACCAUGGGAUUGGGCCGGAAAGGCUUGGCAGGGAAGCCAGGGAAGGAGAACUCAGGUGCCACUGCAGUCAUGGGGAUGCCACCAAGGAGCUUCUAAGGGUGAGUGACCAAAUCUGACUUGAAGGGGGGCUGUUAGCUAAAAGUCCCCCAAAAUUGAUUCCCUGGCCCAGGCAUCUCCCACCGCCUAGCACUGAGCUACCUGUGUACCAGACACAGAUGGAGAAACUGAGGCCCCACCCGACCACCCAGUGGGGCAGAGAAGGGCUUGAGCCUAGGUCUGCUGCCCACUCAGCCCCCAGGUGAUGACAGGUUGGCCUGGCCUGCAGCAAGCAGGGCCCCCAGGCCUUGUCCUCAGCUGGGGGUGUGGCAUUAAGAGUCUUU